AUGGUAAAUAGGAAUCAAAAUGCCGAUGAUAUCAUACGGCAAGUUCGACAUGAUGAUGUGGCAAUGGAUAAUAAUCUAGCAGCUAUGGUCGAGAGAAUUAUGGUUCGAAAUGGGGUAAAUUUUGGUCUUAGAAGACCAAAUUAUACAUCACCUUUGGCAGAAUAUGUCUUACAGACAGAUGCGCCCCUGAGGACCAAAAUCCCCAAAUUCACCAAGUUUGUCGGGGAUACUACUGAGUCAACUGUCGAACACGUGGCGAGAUAUCUAAUUGAAGCUGGAGAUAUGUCAAAUAACGAGAAUCUUUGGAUGGAAUUUUUUCCAAGUUCUCUUACCAAGAAUGCUUUUACUUGGCUCAUAACUUUGCCCUGGAAUUCGAUCAAUUCAUGGAACCAGCUCGAAAGAAUGUUCCAUGAACAGUUCUACAUGGGGAAAACGAAGAUAAGUUUGAGAGAGUUGGUAGAACGUUUAAAAGAAGAAAAGGCUAGAACAAACAAAGGUAAAAGAGUAGCCUAUGUCGAUUUUAGGAAAGAUCACGAAGAUUCCGGCCUUGAAGUUCCAGACUUCGAUGAUACUGAGAUUGAUCUUGCUGAAUUGACACAGGGGCCACCAUAUGCGUGA